AUGAGCGUUCAGAGGUCACCAACUGGAGGGUCGCAACCAGAUAUAUCUAAAAUGAGCGAUUUAGUGUCGGAUUCAUCAAUUACAUUUCGGAAACGAAAAUUGCCUUUUGGUGUCGAAUGUGCAUGCUCUGAAGAAUUAGGGGGAAUGAGAUCUGAACUAAGUCGUAUCAGUUCUCUAUUAGAAAAAUACAUCGUGUCUAAUGAGCUGAUUUUAAAAACCAUGCAAGAAAAUAUUACUGAUAUAAAAAACCAAAUUGCUGAUAUUAAAUUGACGAACGAGCGAUCUCAUAGCGCAAUGCAAGUAAAAAUGGAAUCACUUGAAUCAGACUUAAACAAACUCAAAAUUUCCUCAAAAUCUGCACCAAUAACGCUGGAAAACGAGUUGAUACUCGGCGAACAAAUUAUACAGGAGAUUCAGCAACGCAAAAAUAGAGAAAAAAAUAUCGUGCUUGUCGGCUUACCUGAACAAAUUGCGUCUACUCCUGAAGACAGAUUGUCAAAAGACGAAGCUGAGGUAUUCAAAACUAUAUCCUCGGGCCAUAUUUAG